GUCUUUUGUCAAAAUAAUUAAAUUUUAAUUUUGAAAGAAAGUUAAAGUCACUGUAAAAAAGAACACAUGGCAUAACAGUUUUUGGAUAAUAUCUCACUGGCUCUCAUAUAAAACUCUUUCCUCCACUUCUUAAUCUCUUUUGUAUUUUUUUAGGGACUCAAUAAUAUCCCAUAUAGGGAUGCUCUUACUACUCUUCUCUUUGUAACGAUUUUUUUCUCCGGAAAUGCCCCCUGGUCGAUGGUGAACUUUAAUGGCUGGUCUGAUUUAUGGGUUCAUAGAGGCAAAGCUAUUUAGAACAUGUGUUUCAAUUAUCCGGCUGAAAUGUGAUCAGUUUUGCUAUUAACCACAAAACUUUCUAUUCCUUUUUACAUCUUUAGAGAACAUAAAAAUGAUACUUGAGUGCUUGUGGGUGUGGAAAGAAUACUGUGGUUACAAUGUCUAAGGAAUUCUGCAAGGGAUUGCUGCAGAGUGAAGAGCUCUAUAAAUAUAUACUGGAGACCAGCGUGUAUCCACGCCAGCCUGAGGCUCUUAAGGAGCUUAGGAACAUUACCUGUAACCACCCUGAAGCUGUGAUGGCUACUGCACCAGAUGCUGGUCAGCUAAUGGGGAUGCUUCUAAAUUUGGUAAAUGCAAAAAAAACGAUUGAGGUUGGGGUCUUCACUGGAUACUCUCUUCUCCUCACUGCUCUUACCAUUCCAGAAGAUGGAAAGGUUAUUGCCAUUGACGUGGAUAGAGGCUCAUACGAAGAGGUAGGAUUGCCAAUUAUAAAGAAAGCUGGUGUUGAACACAAGAUUGACUUCAGAGAAUCUGAAGCUCUUCCAGUCCUAGACGAACUUUUAAGCCAUAAAGCCAACGAGGGCGGCUUCGAUUUCGCAUUUGUGGACGCAGACAAGGAGAACUAUUGGAACUACCACGAGAGGCUUAUGAGACUGAUCAAGGUUGGUGGGAUUGUAGUGUAUGACAACACUCUCUGGGGAGGAACAGUUGCUAAACCGGAGACCUCCACAUCUGAGUGGAGGAGAGGAGGCAGGAAAGCCAUCCUCGAGCUGAACCAGAAACUCUCUGCUGAUCAGCGAGUGCAGAUCUCGCACGCUGUGCUUGGCGAUGGGAUCACUAUUUGCAGGAGACUAUAUUGAAAUGUUACUACUUUGACGCGCAAAUCUUGUUGUUGUUGUCGUCGUCGUCGUUGCUGUUAAGUUUUGUCUUAAGACUUACGUGCUCUAAUAAAAAACUUUAUUAAAAUAAAA